AUGUCUUUGGCAGCCAAAAAACAGCCCAAGGCCGGGCAGAAUCGUGACAAACAUUCUAGCGUGCCUGGACGAGACUAUCUUACCUCUCUCCCACUUGAAAUUCAAGUCAUCAUUUACAAAUAUGUGCUUUACAGCUCCUGGUCCCGCUUUUCGACAAUCCAUAUCCUCAGACCAAAGCACGUCUCAUAUGACUCCAAAGGGAAGUCUCAAAGGGAUCGGCUCUCCAUGUCUCCAUGUAGUGUCUCAAGUCACGAUGUAUCAACACAAAGUGCAACAGCAAUCUGGCAACAACAUAUGAGGAACUGUACCUACUACGGGCUUGGGCUCCCUUAUCUUAAGACUGGUGAUACUCUUCGUACUUACAGGAGACGACUCCUGCACACUUGUAAAAUAAUAUACGCAAUCUCUGUGGAAUUGGCGCAUUCAUAUUUCACCUUUAACAUUCUUAAUUUUGGAACGGCAUACCUUUUCUUGACACGCACCCCAAAAAGUAUGCUCAACAUGCUGAAGAGGUUGAAUCUAAACUGGGUGGUUGUCUGGCCAUUACGCUCAUCUAGAAUACAGCCUUCCAAGAAAACCUUUAAGCUCACCGAGAAGUCUUCUACGCUCGAAGACAAUUGGGGCGAAAUUUGUUCCGUUCUCGAAUGCAUGCAAGGGUUAACAGAGUUGAAGAUAUGGUUGUCUUAUUCACCUUCCAAGAUUAUGGAAGAAGCCCUUCUUAGUCCGCUAGCAAAUAUCACAGUGGAUGGUGUCUUCGUUUUAGAGCUGCCUCAUGUCCCGGAGAGACAAGCUUGGCCAGAAAUGGCGGUCGAGAGACCAGGCGUUUCGUACACGAUGGUGCGAAGAUCCCAUGCGGAAGAAGAACUUAUCGCUGAUGUAUACGUCUCUGGUGGUGGCCCGGCAUUCAUUGAGCAUCGAUUUGUUAGGGAACCUGAUAUUACCAUUCUCAAGUGCAUUCUGGGGUUGCCUUGGCUACUCAUAAAAUGCGGCGUCGAUUACGUUGCGGAAUUAGCUCGACGUCGAAACCGAGGGCAAUAA